GAAGAAAGUACCUGGCAUCUCUGGUCAGAGUUGUUUUUAUCUAUAGAAUUUGCAUCUUGAUGAGUAACAGAAGCUGACGAAAUCAGUGAAUUUUAACAGAAGUCUUGUGAAAAUGCACGGUCGUUUAAAAGUUCGCAGCAGUGCCGAAGAGGCUGCACGGAAACGAAAGGAACAGGAACAAAAGGCUCAGAAGUUCCGUGCCGGUAUGGGUCGAAUACUGAUGAAAAAAGUGGCAAAUGAGUUGGAUGACGAGAUGAUGGACCUAACAGGCAGAGUUUUGAGUGCUAAUCCGGACAUUGCCACACUGUGGAAUCUACGACGUCAGUGCCUACAGAAGAUUGCGUCCGAGGAUAAAGACAAUCAAGCCGUGUUCGAUAAAGAUCUAAGCUUCACAGAGAUGUGCCUGCAGGUGAAUCCAAAGUCCUACUGUGCUUGGCACCAUCGUUGCUGGGUGUUGGAAAAUGCCCCUACCCCGAAUUGGCAGAAGGAAGUUGAUCUGUGCACCAGAUAUCUUAAACUGGACGAACGGAACUUUCACUGUUGGGAUUAUCGACGUUAUGUAGUGGAGAAAGCCAAAAUUCCUUUGGAAAAAGAACUCGACUUUUGUACUGAGAAAAUUCAAAACAAUUUUUCCAAUUAUUCAUCCUGGCACUAUAGAAGCAAACUGCUGCCGGUCUUAUAUCCUAAUAGGGAAGACCCUUCGCGUCCUGUUAGUGAGGAAAAAUUGCGAGAAGAGUUGGAGCUGGUUUUAACAGCAGCCUUCACCGAUCCGAACGAUAGCAGCGCUUGGUUCUACCAACGUUGGUUACUUGGUUAUUCUCAGCCCGAGUUGGACAUUGCAGCGUUUCGACUAGAUACCGUAAGAAAAUUGGCAGUUAUAGCCUUUACUCGACCAGUCAAUUUGAAGCACAAGAACGUUACAUUAACGUUUGAUUUUGACAAGGAAAUAAAUCAAGGCUCGGACUGGCAACCAGUAGCUACGGAUGGGAGCCAUGCUGUCACGUGGCUAUUGGAAGGUUUGAAUACAACAUUUUCUGAUGAACAUGUAAGCUUUGUGAGUUUCAAGGAUGAGAAUGGGAAUUUGUACACAUUGGAAGUCCAACGACUUUCCGAAACUUCGCUAAUAGCCAUCAAACUACCGAAAUUUGAACAUGAGUUUAACGACGCAGUUUUGGAUGUUCUGAAGACACAGCUGGAUUCUUGCCAGCAGUUGCUAGAAUACGAACCGGACAGCAAGUGGACAUUGCUCACAGCAGCCCUACUGAUGAAGGCAAUCGACCGCAGGCGAUAUUACGACCACAUGCUUGCCUAUUUGGAAAAGCUUCAAACGGUUGAUCCGAUGCGACAAGGUUACUACCGAGAUCUAACUAGCCGAUGGAGUAUAGAAAAUCGUUUGGAGCGUUGGAUUGGCGCGAAUGGAAUACCGAAUGGUAAAUUGGAUCUGUCGGGUUUGAAGCUGGAACGUCUUUUCUACGAGCAGUAUCUGUCGGUCGCUGAGGAGAUUGAUCUCAGCAACAACCAGCUUACGCAUGGAAGUUUGGGCAAAUUAAGCUAUUUUUCGUUUUGUAAACGUCUCUCAUUGGAGAAUAGUUUUGAGAAUGCUGAAAAAGCUCAACCCGUGCUUAGACAACUUGGGUGGGACUGAAAAAUAUGGUUUGGGACGCUUCAGCAAUUAUCAAUCCGCGCCUGAAGUUUCUGUUGAUAGCGCAAAUAUAGCUUAGAGUGCAUCUAGCUUAAAGGAAAAUAACGUUAAUCAUGUGUGAGUGUAAAUGUGCUUUCAAUAAACGUUUAUGAA